AUUUAAAUCAAACUAUGUAAACAAAUCGCACAGUUCUUCUCUUGACUUUACGAAUAAUUUUACCUGAUAAUUAACUAUUUAAUUAUUCAAUUGCCAUCAAUAUGGAUGCAAAAGCAGACAAAAAUCUACAUCGUCUGGAAAGAAAAGCCAUACAAGAAGCGGAAAAACGUAAGAAACCUGGUGAAUGUAUGAAGUAUAUUCAAGCCAUUAUCGAUGAGAACCUAACAAAUGAAUCGAUUGGCUCCAAAAUUCUAGCCACGGCAAACGUCGCCUAUAAGCUUGUCAAUUCACCAAUUCCAAGAACCAUUUUUUGGCAGCGCUCUAUCCAGCAGACUUUAAGGGGUACAAACAAUGAAAUGUGCUUGGACGAAAAAUAUCAAGAUGAAAACAUUUUGCUACAUGUGAUGACAGCUGUCGAGCUAAACUCGUAUAUCACUAGUAAUAAACUCAGACAUCGAAUCGUAACAAUAAAAAGUCACUAUCCGGACAAAGAAUUAUCUUUAGUGAUUUUUGGUUUGAAAGAAUAUUGCCGCAACAAUCGAGCAAAUGCCGGCCGAUUUGCCUUUGAAACAGCACUGACCGAAUUGCAAUUGGUUUAUAAUAUUAGUCACCGGCUUUUGGAUACAGCUGAAGAUGUGGCUCAAGUAUUUUUGCAGUUCAACAAAAGUGUUGCCGAAAAGUUAUACAAGAAGGAUCGUGAUGAAAAAAUAUCUGAUCAAAACUUUUACUUGGCUAAUGACAACAAAGAUUGCGUUCAGGUUAAGGAUAACAUUGGACUGACGAAUUUGUUCAAGAAUCAUCUGUGUAAAUUUCCAUCGGUGACAUUAGAUACUGCAGAAGCGAUAAUUAAAGAGUAUCCAACAUUAUCCAAGCUGAUCCAAGCAUAUCAAUCGAACAAUGAAAACGGGCCUUUACUUCUGGCUGAAAUACCCAUUCGAAGGUCAGGUGGACCAUUGAUUUCAUCACGCAAGAUUGGUGCUGAAUUGAGUAGAAGAAUACAUUCUUUCUACACACAAUCGGUUCCGGAUUUCGUGCUGCAGUAGAGUCGAGUGGUGUUUAUUUAAAUUUCAAACGAAGCCAUUUGAAAAUAUUGUCAAUUUACCAAUUGCUUCUUGUAGCGCCAUCUCUCGCGAUAAACCCAUACUAAGCCAUAAUGAAUAGUUUGCGUAUACGAGUGGCGUGAGCUGUAAGCUGUUAUAAUGGAAUGAAUCACGUAUAGCUCAUUUCGUAAAACACCCUAAAAUUCUGAGAAAACCAAAUUCAAAAUAGAAAAAAAUAAAUAAACGGUUUAACACAAAA